AUGGCUGUGAGGGAGCAGGUGCACUGUACGGCGUGCCUUGAGGAGCAACUACAUGCGGUGCAACUACACUUCUGUGUGAGGUGUCGUACAGAGGGGGCAACAGAGCUGCUUGAGCGGGAUCUACUGGAGGAGGAGGCGGUGGCCACCAUAUUCCCCUCUCUCCCCAUCACCCCAGCCUCAGUUCUGCCCUCUGGCCCCUCUCCCGUCAUCAAAUCGGCCCCCAGCCCUCACCUGCUGUGGCGGGAGCUUUGGGACGUCCAUCCCGAGAUCAAUAUCCACGGAUCCCUCCCACAAAAGCUGCGGUGA